UAACAUCAGCUCUCGCGAGGAGGUAACUACGCCAACAAAAUCGGAAACCUCCUCCCCCUCCCCCAUAUCAACGCAGUUCCCUUCUUCUUCUUGUACAAAAGAUCCCUUCUUGAGCGGAUCAAUCGUGGCCAGCCCUCCCUCCUGAGUCUCACAGCUCGCCCCGCCGAUUCCACCAUUGAGGCUGAGGGCACCAGGGGCGUGUCUUGUUCAACAACUGGGCGCAGAUAUGUCACAGACAAGAAUUAACGUUGUUGAAUCUAAUGAAGAAUAUAUGGUGGAAGAACCGAUCGAACAUCAUAAUUCUGCUGCAAAAGAUGUUGAAUCAUCCGAUGUCCAUGAAAGAACUACUAACGAUGAAGAAGGUUUCACAGAUUGUGAUGACGCUGAUGCGGAUGAAAGCGAAGAUGGUAAGUUUGUUGCUCAUUACUUACCGUUUGCAAUAUAUGAUUAUUCUUUAUUGUAACAUAUAAUUCAUGGUUCUAUAUAUUGAGCUGAAAAUGCAAAAACAAAAGAGCGUAAGAAGAGGAAGCUGAAAUAUAUUUGGAACCUUCCAAAAGGGAAAAGGAUAAUGGUUCGCUGCAAUGACAUAGAUCAGCCAGUUGGAAAAGAGGCUAAACAUCUUGGGGAUUUUCUUGGCUCGGUUGCAAGGAAUGGAUCACUAUGCUGCUUGAGCUACAAGGAUUGGAGAUUGCUCAAAACUAAAACAAAUGUAAAGGCUAUACUAGAUCAAGUGAAGAUGAGGUUCCUUUACCCUCCUCGCAUGGAAAAGUAUAUAUUGAAGAUAAUUGGAGAUAGAUGGAGGCAACAUAAGUCCGACCUGAAAGCAAUGUAUUUUGAUGAGAAAAAAAGCACCAAAGCCAAUUACAACAAUAAACCAAAUUCCGUGACUCCGGAUCAGUGGAGAUCUCUAGUUAAUCAUUGGACAACCCAGAAAGCGAAGGGGAUUAGUGCUACAAACAGAAAUAAUUGUUCAAUGAGGAAGUCUACACAUACUACUGGGACAAAAAGUUUCCCUCGUAAGAGGGAAGAAAUGAAAGAUGCAGAUCCUGAAAAGAAGUACCCUCAUAGGGCUCACUUGUUCAUGCACACGCACAAGCCGAAAACUUGCAAGAACAAAAUCAUUAAUGCUCAUGUGGAAGAAUUGAAAGAUAUUAUGGACAAGAACCCUGAAUUAGCAGAUAACAGCGAUGGAAAGACUGCAUGGAAAGGAGAUGCGUUGAACAAAGUAUUAGGGGAUGACAAGCCUAGCCAUGUACAUGGUUUGGGACUAGUUCCAAACCCAAAAAAACUUUUUGAUGUUUCCACUUCACAUGUAUUCCAGAAUACACAUUUUACUUUGGUGGAGGAUACACCAAAUGAAGAUAUGCUAGCUUUUAGAGUUGAAAUGGAAAAAAUAUAUCAAGUAAAUAAAAAUCAGGAUGCUAAAAUUAUGGAACUAGAGGAGAAGAUGAGAAGAAUGGAAAGACAACCAAAUCAGGAAAUUUCAGAUCCAAUGGCUACAAUUGGGCUUGAACCUUCGGUUGAUGGACACAACUCAAACAGAAAAAGAGUGCUUGCUCCUCAGGUUGAUGGACUCCAUCUUGUUAAAAAACGAUCAAAUAAUUUACAGAACAAGCCAAGUGGAUCAAACGAUGCAGAUUUGCAAGCAUCAAACAAGAAUUCUGUUUCAGAUAAGAACAAAGAAACUAUGGUUCAUAAUGGUGGCAGUUCACAACAACUAGAAAAAUGCUCUGCUGCACACAAGAAUGCUGUCCAGAACCAAGAAACUCCUCAUAAUUUCAGUGCUCAGCAAGGGGAAAUAAAUUCUGCUGCACAUAAGGUAUAUUUCCGUUACCAUAUACAAUAUGUUCAAAAUAUAUUGCUCCGAUGGUUAUGUAUCUACAGGUCGUCUUGCUAUCAGAAUGUUGUUCCGAACAAAGAAACUUUGCUUGAGAAUGUUAGUGCACGUCGAGGAGAAAAAACUUCUGUUGCAAACAAACUGACCAAAAAAACAACAAAAGGUGCCAAUGCAAGCAGUAAGAGUGCUCAAAGUGGUUCGCUGAGCUGGUUGUGUGCUAGUGAAUUACCUGCAGGAACUAAAGUAUUCUUGAAGAGCCUGAAAAACCAUAACAGGGAUGUAGCUCUUGCUACAGUUGUAAGUUGUGAUCCUAACUUUAAACUUGAUGGUGCUGAAAUUAGGAAUGAAUUCUGGGCAGUGCAUGUUGAUGUGGCACUUGUGAAAACUGAAAAUUUGGUACGGAGUCGCAAAAACUGCACUACUCUCGGUAAUGCAGAAAAAACAAAGAUUGCAUGGCCCUCUACCUUUAUUCAAAAGAUAAAUGGAUGAGUAUAUGGGUGGGUGGCAAGUGUACUGCAAUGAUGAUGUUCAUAUUCUGCUUCAUGAUGGUGACGAUGAUGGAUGCUUUCAGUUUUAGUUAUGUUGUGGGGAUGAUGUUCUUGUUGGAUGUUGCUCCUCGAUUAAGUUUUAGUUAAGUUGUAGGGAAGUUGAAUGCUUUAGUUUAAGUUUCACUGUCAAGAAAGUAGUUAGAUUAUGCAUCACGUUUGGAUGAUGUUCCUCUUGUAAUAUCCACUAUUGUAAUCCAACAAUUUUAUCUCAUAUAUGAUAUAUGAUUUCUUCCUG